AUGGAAUGUGCUCAGCGAGCGCUUUCUUUCUGGACAUACCAAAAUACUCAGGAACAUGCGUAUCAGCAACACAUUGCCAGAAACCUGACCCAGAGGUACCACCAGCUGAAUGCAGAAGUCGAGAGGAUUGUGAAUGAUGCCGACACUCGAAUCCAAGCUCUGGAGACACGUAAUCAAGGUACGAAUUGUAACUGGUAUGAUUGCGAAGAGCCUGCUAACCACCGCAAAGAACUCACUGGCGAUCGACAGUCACUCGAUCAAAAGUAUGCCCAGCUUUUGGAUCAGUAUCAAGAAAAGAGCAAGAAGCAAGCACAAACCCAGAAGCUUUACGAUACUCUUAAGCAGAAAGUCAUGCUGGAGGAAAUGGAACCACUUGCCGAUAACGACGUAACCCAGACGUUACAAUCCAUCUCUGCCUUGCCUCAAUCCGAGAUGAGGCAGCCAGCAACGGACUCAAGACAAGCAUUUCGUCCACCAGACCAUCUCCAGAUGGCAGAACGGCCAACUCCAAGAUAUAACCGGCUUCAAGAGGGUCCAGAACGACUCCAUCCUCAUCAGAGGUCCGGGAGCAUUGUUAGUGGAAGGAGCGAGCAGAGAGGCAUGCUGCCACCGGAGAGGCUGCGGAUGUUGAGGAUUCGUACGAAGCCCUGA